AUGGUAAAGGGCAGGGCUAGAGAGGGAAGUGUCUGGAAACAGAGCUUCCUACGCAGUUGGCAAAUUAAAACUUAACUUCACCCAAGGGAACUUUGCACUUUGGUUAAGGUCCCAUAUAAGUUUACUUGGCGAGACAAUUGAGUUUCCUUUGAUAUCCCUGUCUUCUGAAUUGCAGAACUCAGUAAAAACUACUUGGUGAAAUGACUUCUUGUCAGGUCACUGGAGAGCCUUUAAGAAAGGUUGCUAUCUUUGGAGGAACUCAUGGCAAUGAGCUGACGGGAGUGUUCCUGGUGAAGCACUGGCUGGAGAAUGCUGCUGAGAUCCAGAGAACAGGACUGGAGGUACAGCCCUUCAUCGCCAACCCAAGAGCAGUGGAGAAAUGCACCAGAUACAUCGACUGUGACCUGAAUCGAAUUUUUGACUUUGAAAAUCUUAGCAAGAAGAUGUCAGAAGAUUUGCCAUAUGAAGUGAGAAGGGCUCAAGAAAUAAAUCAACUAUUUGGCCCAAAAGGCAGUGAAGAUUCCUAUGACGUUAUUUUUGACCUUCAUAAUACUACUUCUAACAUGGGGUGCACUCUGAUUCUUGAAGAUUCCACAAAUGACUUUUUAAUUCAAAUGUUUCAUUAUAUUAAGGCUUCUCUGGCUCCGUUACCCUGCCACAUUUAUCUUACUGAGCACCCUUCUCUCAAAUAUGCAACCACUCGUUCCAUAGCCAAGUAUCCUGUGGGGAUAGAAGUUGGUCCUCAGCCUCAAGGGGUUCUGAGAGCUGAUAUUUUGGAUCAAAUGAGAAAAAUUAUUAAGCAUGCCCUAGAUUUCAUACAUCUUUUCAAUCAAGGAAAAGAAUAUCCUCCCUGUGCUGUUGAGGUCUACAAAGUCAUGGAGAAAGUUGAUUACCCCAGGAAUAGAAGUGGAGAGAUUGCUGCUGUCAUACAUCCUAACCUACAGGAUCAAGAUUGGAAACCAUUACACCCUGAAGACCCGGUAUUUCUGACCCUCGAUGGAAAGAUUGUUGCCCUGGGUGGAGACUGCACUGUGUAUCCAGUGUUUGUUAAUGAAGCUGCCUAUUACGAGAAGAAGGAAGCCUUUGCCAAGACAACCACACUGACGCUGAACGCAAAAGGCAUUCGCUGCUCUUCACCCUAGGCAGCCUUCCUAGCUCACUUAUUGUGCAACAUCUUGAAAACACCUGCUAGUUCGUAAGCUUUGGGAGAGUAAAAUUGUGCCUUAGCUUCAUCACAGCACUUCCCUCAGUGCCUGGCCCAGCAGGCAUCCAGGCAAAAUUUUCAAAGAGAACAGUGCAUUAAGGAAAAUAUUUAAAGGUAUUGUAUUUUAUGUAGAUAUCUUAUUCAAAAAAUACAUUUUCCAUUUAUGUAUCACUUUUUUUUACCUUAUGAUUGAAUAAUUUAACUUUCUUAAUAAAUAGCUUUUAACUUGUAAAUGUAAACUUGAAGAAGAUGCUACUUACAUAGAAUGAAAUGUUGCCUGUUGGGGUGUGCAUGAUGCUUACCACCCACAACCCAGCAUCUGAUAUGAGUGCCAGCAGCUGCACUUCCCAUCCAGUUCCCUGCUAAUGGCCUGGGAAAGCAGUGAAGGAUGGAGCAUGGGCUCCUUGAGAUCCAGUUGGAAUUCCAGACUACUGGUUUUGCUUCAGCCUAUCCCUGACCAUUUGGGUAAUGAACCAGCAGAUGGAAGAAUCUCUCUUUCUCUCUCUUUUUCCCUCUCUCUCAGUAACUCUGCUUUUAAAUAAAUAAAUAUUUAAGUGUUGCAUGUCAUCGAGUAACAUAUGAAAACUGCCAGAAAUUCAUGAUGCAGGUUGUAUUUCU